AUGGAUGCCGCAGACCCUUCUUCAGAGUUCAUCGAAUAUGAAGAUGUGGAACGAGUCGUGGAGGUAGAGGAAGUUGAGGUCGAAGAGGAGGUCGUGAAGAACCAAGUAUACAAGACCGUAGUCCCGGAAGGCCAGACCCUGGAGGACUUGCCAGAGAUGGUCGUCGAAGUGCCUACGCUCGUGAAGGUGCCUGUGCCGAUGGAAAGGGUCAUUCAGAAUUUCGUUGAGCACACCAUGGAAGUCCCGCAAGUCGUCGAAAUACCCAAAAUCGUCCGCCAAGACGCCUUCUACCGGAAGUUCGCCUCCGCCUUCGCCUACAGUCCAGAAACAGAUGGCUUGCUGGGCUUCGCCCGGAAUGUAGUGGGUUCAGAAAUUGCUCAAGGGCAUGGGCAGGAGCGACAAGCUUCGAGCACUUGUACCUUCUCCCGCGUGAGCGCGCCCGCAAGUGAAGGUGAGGGCAUCUCUGGGAACAUCUUCCUGCAUCAGGCACUGCAGGUAACACCGUCAUCUUCUCCGAAAAUCUCACUUUGGGUCCUUCUGUUCUUGCAGGUAGUGGUGCCUUGCAUUAUGCUGGAGCGCUUUUGCCAGCAACUUUUCGACCAGGACCAAUAUCAUCUUAUCUUGGGUUGCCCCGCUUUGGAUAGCAUCUGGAUGAACAAGUUGCCCGGUGUGCUGUUCCUGCUCUUGGUCAUGCCAUACUUUGGUAGAGAUCUCCAGCAAGAUUGCAACACCGCUUUACUUGUCGAUCUCCUCCAUGCAUACUUGACAGAGGAUCGAUGGACUAGCACGCUCAGGGGCCCGGUGGUGGGGCAUCUCAGCAACGAGGUAGAUGGAGCUUCAAGAUCCAUCGGCGAGAAGAUCCAAAAACAGACACUGCAGAGAGUUGUCGUUGUGAAGAAGAAGACGGUAAAGGUGGAGAAGAAACAAGUCUAUGAAGAUGAAGUGAUCGAAGUGCCCCGAAAGGUUGUGCGCGUGGAGAGGAGGAUUGAGGUGCCAGAAGUACAGUUUGUGGAUAAGGUUGUGGAAGUCCCUAUUCUGAAGCAGGUGGUGGUGCCAGUAACGGUGGAAAAGUGCAUCGAGGAAGAGGACGUCUUGAUCACGUAUCUCAACCUUACCGAACAGCCAGGUGAGCCGAAUCAAGGAGAAGCCUGGACCGGAAGAAUCAGCGACAACGAUGAGGCACGGCCCUUGCUGCAAGCUGGGGGUGCUCCUGUCAGCCCCACGCCGCUGGCUCAACCUCCAAUCGCCAAGUUGCCGGCCUAUACCUUUUGGAUGUCUGCCAAUGCCUUUGUGCAAUGUGGCUGCGUCCUCCUCUCCCAGGUACUCACGGUGUUUGUAUUCUGGUCUGCCGAAACUCCAAAGGAUAUCGUCUUCGACAGCCUAGGACUUCUCUUCCUGUCGCGAUUGGAUGAUAUCGGUGGUGAUCUAGGCCUGAUUCAAGAAAGCGAGUGGCCUUCGGAUAGUCUUGGGAUGUUGUUUCGCUUCAACUUGGACGACCUCAGCAAGUUUGAGCAGUCCUUCUAUGGCAUCUCUGGUUUGAAUGAGCAGCCAGUUCCCCGCAAAGUCAAAUACGAUGGCAUGGAAUAUACGGUGCCCUGCUUCUCGUGGCGCACAUGUUUCCGGAUCGCAUCCGCGCUGUCGGGGUGGGCUUUCCCAAUUCUGUGUAUUCUUGCUUUCGUUUGCAUUAGUUUUGAGCCAGUUGAGUCUGGAAGUCAUUCUCAGCCCCUCUGGCAGUGGCAAGUGGAGCUGUGA